CUGGUCGAAGCAAAGCCAUCGGUCUCCGGUUUAACAAAUUCCCGAAGAAGGGUCUUGAGGCUCGCUGAGAUGCCGUGUGUGAGCGGGGAAGGAAGGAGGCUGCGGAUGGAACAGUGCCUGAAGCAGGUCCACCAUGCCGUUAGUAACGAGGAACAUUGAGCCAAGGCACCUGUGCCGUCAGACGUUGCCUAGCGUUCGAAGCGAGCUGGAAUGCAUGACCAACAUCACCCUGGCAAAUGUCAUUCGACAGCUGGGCAGCCUGAGUAAAUUUGCAGAAGACAUAUUUGGAGAGUUGUUUACUCAAGCCAACACUUUUGCCUCCCGGAUGAGCGUUCUUGUCGAGAGAGUUGACCGCUUGCAAGUCAAAGUCACUCAGCUGGAUCCCAAAGAGGAGGAAGUCUCCCUGCAGGGCAUUAACACCAGGAAGGCCUUCAAAAGCUCCACUACUCAGGACCAGAAGCUCUUCGACAGAGAUUCUCUGCCGGUGCCUGUGCUUGAAACCUAUGGGACCUGCAAUACUCCUCCACCUCUCAACAUUCUUUCCCCUUAUAGGGAUGAUGGCAAGGAGGCACUUAAAUUCUACACGGAUCCUUCCUAUUUCUUUGACCUUUGGAAAGAGAAAAUGCUUCAGGACACCAAGGAUAUUAUGAAAGAGAAGCGGAAGCACAGGAAAGAGAAAAAGGAGAAUCCGAACCGAGGAAAUGUGAACCCACGGAAAAUCAAAACCCGGAAAGAAGAGUGGGAGAAACUGAAAAUGGGACAAGAAUUUGUUGAGAUAAAGGACAAACACGGUCCUGCUGGGUACCCCUCUAACAUGGUGUAUCAGAACGGCAGCAUUGGCUCAAAUGAAAGCAUGGACGUGAACUGCUACCCGCCACCGCCGCAGACUGACUCUAUUGUGCCUCCACCUCCUUCGUUCCCAGAUGACAGCCUGCCUCCACCCCCGGUGGAAUUUAGGUAA